AUUGGCAUUGGCCAUUGAGAUUUCGCACCACAUCGCGUCCCAAGUGAAUUCCAUUGUUAAACGCCAAUUCCCUGAACGGCGCAUUAGGUACUCAGGUUCCGCUGACAAUCUUAAAGGUAGCUGAACGCACUUUUCCAGGGGAGAAAGCGCUCACGACAAUCAAGUCACCCCUUCUGCAGGCACACAGGUGGUUCAGCCAAUGGGGCGCUCCAGCAAGGGCAGCCGGCCGGGGCGGCAUCAGUCGAUAGAGGGCUUCUUUGCUCGCCCAGAGAUGUGGCAUCCUGUAAAACCUGCUUGUAGGACCGACACAGACAAAGCAGCAAAUGCAGGGCCGCCAACUAGACAGGGCCAGAUGUCGAGCUCCCUCCUUCAGUUGCUGGCGGGGCGCAAAGCAGAACACGCGGGUGCAGCGAACAUGUCCCCAAAACUUCCUGAACCUCGCAAGAUCAGUAAGGCAGCACAGGAGUACCGGUGUCCCGUGUGCGGCGAGGCUUUCCCAUCUGAAGCGGAGAAAGAGGACCACAUGGCAAAAGAGUUUGAGUUGAUGGAAGACCUCGACAUGCCAUCUCCGGGCCCCCCGUCUGGUUCCCCUGAGGAAACCACGCCCCCCGUUGCGGGGCCUUCCCGACCCAACAAUGCCCGGGGGAUCCCUCCUGUUGCGACCGGCAGGACCUUCACAAACUCCAGACCGAGCAUCCGGAGAAGCCCCUUUUCAGUCAAAGGAGGGUUUGGGGGUGGGUUAAGCGGGACACCGGGGGGCGCCGAGCGGGCGGUCACUCCGGACAUAGAGUCGCUCAUGCGGAGCGCCGCGGAGCGAGCGCAGAGGGAGUUGAGCGAGAAGGCGCGCAGAGCGGAGGAAGAAAGGGUCAGAAACGGGGGUCAAGAGGGGGCUGCGACACAAGACGAGGAACGAGAGCAAGAGCCUAAAGCACAAAGGGGUACGGGGGAGGAGAAAGGGGAAAUCGAAAAGGAGGGGCAAGAAGGGGGGGAGGAAAAGGAAGGGGGGAAGGGGAAGGGGGAGGGCAGCCAGGAGGGGGGAGAGGGCGGGAAGAAGGGAGUGAAGAGGAACGGGCCCGAGGGACAGAAGAAGUGUUUCAUCUGUCGCUGCUGGGUACCAGAGGAGGAGUACGAAGUCCACGUCAGCAACGAGCUGAACGUAGAGAGCGACGCCCCUCUGGUCAUCCCCGGUCUGGCACCGACCAAGGGCGCCGUCGAGAAGCUGAAAGCCAAACGGCGGCGGCGGGGGCCGCGGCCCGAGAACUACGACCGAUAUGAGAACGUCGGUCCGGUAUUGGACGACUUUGGCAUGGGCGGCACUUGGGAAGGUGCUGGAGCAGUGGGGAUGGGUAUCAGCAUCUUCGAGUGAGGCCAAAGCGUAACACGAGUUUAAACAGGAUGGGGCCGAUGUACGUGUGGAACCAAAGAAACAAUGGUGAAGGAUAGCAAUCAUACCAAAGUCCCAAUCUGUUAUCGUAGUGGCUACUUUCGGCAGCCAGCCAAGAGUAUCCCAAAUGUGCCUGUCUUAACAUGAAAAUUGUAUUUGCACCGUUGGACAAUCAAGAAACCAUAUGCCAGUAGGUGCUACCUGAUUGGUGGCUCUCGCCCAGCUCUACAUACCUAGCUGUGGGCUCGACAAGGCCGGGUACAGUCUUGCCCUCGGAUCAGGCCGGUCGCUGUCCGGACAUAUUGAGCAUGA